AUGGCGUCAACAACAUCAUCUUCGUUUCAGAACAAGAUGAGUAAAAUCGAAGCAAGACUACGCGCUGAGAAUGAGGCUUUAAAACGAGAUAAAGUACAGACUUCAUUAGAUCUAGAUUUGCAUCUUAGCCCCCGGAGACAAAGACCAACGUUAUCGCUUCAGCAGCCAUACGGUCGGUCAAGUUCUGCUCCGAGUCCUACUCUCAAUACCAGCAUGGGUCGGCAACCACGGCCUCAGGGACUACCUGGUCCGAUUCACAAUAUACAUAAGCCACCUGACAGUGCGGAGAUCGAUAGAAAACUUAAAGAAAUUAUGGAGCAGACCGGAAUUUUAACCUGCAAUGGAAAUCAGAAAUAUAAAGCGGACAUCGCCGACUUAGAACUGCUAGGAGAGUUGGGUAAUGGAACGUGUGGACAUGUGGUGAAGAUGCGGCAUAAACCUAGCACUCAGGUCAUAGCUGUCAAACAAAUGCGAAGGUCGGGGAACAAAGAGGAAAACAAGAGAAUAAUCAUGGAUUUAGAAGUAGUUCUGAAAAGUCACGAUUCACCAUACAUUGUCCAAUGUGUCGGAGUGUUUGUGACAGAUAGUGAUGUAUGGAUAUGCAUGGAAUUGAUGGCUACAUGCCUCGAUAAACUCAUGAAGCGAUUAAAAGCACCUAUCCCAGAAAAGAUUCUUGGAAAGAUGGCUGUAGCGAUUGUAAAGGCACUACACUACUUGAAAGAAACACACGGGGUGAUACAUCGAGAUGUAAAGCCCUCUAAUAUUCUUCUCGAUUGGAAUGGAACGGUGAAGUUGUGUGACUUUGGUAUCAGCGGUAGACUUGUCGAUUCAAAAGCAAAGACAAGGAGUGCUGGUUGUGCUGCAUACAUGGCCCCUGAAAAAUACCGUAUCCUUCCCGAUCACCGAAAAACCAGUACUACAUCAGAGCGACGUAUGAGCUUUAGGAAUUCAGCUGUAGCUGAAUAUCUCAGCCUCACGAAAGACUACCGGAAGCAGCAAGACAACGAGCUGCUGCCAGCAUCACUUCGUGAAUACAACUAUGAGAGGCCACGAUCGAUGCCCGCAUGUUGCAUGCGCCCGGUGAGCGCAGACGCGAGACUCCAGCCCGAGUAA